UUCGUUUCAUUCAAAACUUCCUGUUUUAAAUUUCAGUUUUCGUAUUUCUCCUCGUGUAAUAUAACCAAAAUGAUUAAGUCGACAUAUUCUGCUGCUUAAUGAUGACAACAUUAUCUUCUGAGAAUAUAGAUUGAUAACUAGAAGGGCAUGAAAUAUUCAGCAGAUAUGUCAGUUACACCAGACUUACAGGCUGUUUACAGCAAAUGGGAAAAUAAAGGACCAGGAAGAAUACAACCUGAUACCAAUACCCAAAAGAUCCUGCAGGAUGGGCGCCAGAAAUGGAGGGAUAGAUAUGAGGACGAGAUAAAACCUCAGACUCGAAGGUCAUCUUAUAAACAGAAGGCUAUACCAACAGAAAAUGUGAGUUAUAAUGUAAUCACCCAGUUUAAGACAAUGCCAACCAUUACAGCAGACAGUUUUGUUACUACAAGGCCAUUGAUGGGACGCUGUUGUUCCUGUGUACCAUACAGUCAGAAGGAUUUUAGUGCAUCAACACAAAAUCAUGGCAUUAAUAAUAUCCUGAAUGUCACUAGUGGUGUGAGACCCAAAGGAUUUUUAGAUAGAAGAUUCAAGAAGUUAGCCUACACCUUUAGACGAAACACUUCACACAGAUACAAUGACAUUUUGAUGUUAGUGUUAACAGCUCCAAGGGUUUCAGAAGCUGUGAAAAUGAAAACAGAAAAAGUAACAUCAACAAAAAGAAAAGAAAAGAUAGAGAAAAACCCUGCAGAAAUAUUAAAAGUGAUGAAAGCUUCUAUAUCAAACAGACUGCUAAAGAUAACUGCUUGGGUGUUGUUAAAGAUUUUAUCUGUGAUGUUAAAUGGUGUUCAUGUACACAAAAAUCAAAUGGUUGUAAUAAAGAAAGCCUCACAGAGAGGGAUUCCAAUGAUCUACUUACCAUUACAUCUAAGCCAUCUAGACUAUAUUUUAGUGACAUUUAUCUUGUGGAACUAUGAUAUAAAAGCACCUUUUGUGGCAGCUGGGGACAACCUUAAUAUCCCAGUGUUCAAUUUAAUCUUACGUGGAUUGGGAGGAUUUUUCAUCAGGAGAAAACUGGACAAAGUUGCAGGAAAAAAAGACACUAUAUACAGAGCUGUGCUACAUACUUAUAUGCAAGAAAUACUCAAGAGUGGAGAAGACUUAGAAUUCUUCAUAGAAGGUGGAAGAACAAGGUCAGGGAGAGCUUAUCAUCCAAAAGGAGGCUUACUGUCUGUUGUCAUGGACACACUACAUGAUGGGUUAAUAGAAGAUGCAUACAUGGUACCAAUCAGUAUUAAUUAUGAGAAGAUUCUGGAUGGAAACUAUUGUAAUGAAGAAAUGGGUCUUCCAAAAAAGCAAGAAUCAUUUUGGGGAGUUGUGAAAGGAGUAGUAAAAGUACUCAGUGGAAACUAUGGUAGUGUUAGAGUGGACUUUAGUCAUCCAUUUUCUUUGAAGGAAUAUAUUCAACGUAAUUCUAAUACCUCAAUGAUGUCUGACGAUGAUCUUCCAGACACACCAUCACCUACUGGUAUAAGGAAUGAUACAGACACAGCAUCACCUACUGGUAUAAGUAAUGCUCCAGACACACCAUCGCCUAAUGGUAUAAGUAAAGCUGGUAGUUGUAGUUCACUGUAUGGUACAGAUAUUGUUAUUGAAGAUCAGAGACAAUCAAUUGAAAGUGUUGCAGAACAUGUUCUCUACUACAGUGUACAGUCUCAGUCAUUGAUGUGUACUAAUCUUGUGGCUUUCCUUCUACUGACAAAGUACAGAGAGGGAACAACUGUAAAACAACUGAUACGUGAUAUUGAUUGGUUAAAGGGAGAAUUAAGAUUUAGAAAGAGAGAUGUAGGUUUUGUUGGAGAUACUUCAGAAGUAUUGGAAUAUGUCUUGGAAUUAUUGACUGAAAAUUUAGUAAUAAAAAUCAGUGACACCAAUAUCAAACCAUGUACAGAAUUACCACAGAUAUUUGAACUCAGUUAUUAUGCAAAUCCAGUGCUUUCAGUUUUUCUGCUGGAGAGUGUUCUAGCUUGCUCUGUGAUAUUCCAUUGUGAUAUAGAUAUGUCUUCAGUAACCACACAAAGAGAGGAUGUCACAGCAAACAGAGAAGAUAUACUUACAACAGCACAAUCUCUCUGUAAACUUCUUAAAUAUGACUUUAUCUUCUGUCCACCAUGUAAAAGGUUAGAGGAAGAAUUAGCUGAUGCUUUAGAUGAAUUAGUAACAUCAGAAAUCCUUAAAGUACACGAGGAUGAUUAUGGAUGUGGUGAUCCGCAUCAAAAGUGGGCUCGUAAUUUAUCUGCCACAGUGUCAUGGGAUGAUGAUGAAGAAAAUGAAGCUUUCAAUGAACAAUUACUGAAGGUUAAUGCUCAUCGCUCAGAUUGCUUCAACAAGCUCUUGUUUCUGUACACAGUCCUAGCUCCUAUACUGGAAUCCUAUUAUUUAACAGCUCUUCACAUCAGUAGAGAUUUAGCUAUGGAGCUUCCAGAGGACAGUUUUAUUCAUAUUUUACAUACUCAUGCAAAGAAAAGAGUGGAAAAGAAAUUGGCCAGUUUUGCUGAAAGUGCAGCUCUUAGUACAAUAAAGAAUGCUGUGAAAGGAUUUGAAGAUUCUAACAUUGUUAAUGUGUAUUAUGCUGGUAAUAUAAGGAUGAUGGAACUUAGAGAUCAUUAUACAGUAUGGAACAAAUUAAACUACUAUCUUGAUCUUCUGGAAAGUCUGAGAAAUUAGAAAAAACUUCAGAACUUGUUGUUUCAUUAAAUGGUGCUGAUUUUGUUGCAUUGCCUUAUUAUUUGUUGAAUAUUCCAAGGAAUCAGAAGAUGACAGUAUGGAAACUUAGUAUUUAUAUGGUUCUAAUUUGCUCUGUGGCAAGAUAGACUUAAUUCGAAAGCCCAGAACUAUUUUUCUUUAAAAAUCAUGAAAAGAAUGUUAUAAUGUCAAAUAAAUAUGUUUUUUUCUCA